AUGACAACAGAAAAAUUGGAAAACGAUUGGAAGCUGAUACAAGAUGAUUUUCAGAAGCUUGAGAAAAUCCACGACGAGUACAUUCAAAAGUCUCGACAAGUGAGUAAAUUUCAAGAUACGGCCGUGAAAGCGAUGAAACAUCACAAUUAUCUGCUGAAAAACUUCAAAGAGACCAUGAAACAAACACAGCAAUCACUCGAGAAGAAAGAGCCGUCGGAAGAGAAGUCGUCGAUCGUCGCACAAAUCGCGAAAAUGCGCGAGGAAAUGGAGGUGUCGAAUCUGCGACUCCGUGAUAUGCAAGGAGAACUGCCCGCCCAAUCGAACGGAUUCUAUUUGAAUCUGAUUCUGGGAUCGAAUCUCAACGUGUCGCUUCUCACAAGGACCGAGAAGUUCAAGUAUAAACAGGAAUACGACGGUUUCAAAUGGAACAUCACAAUCCUCAUCUGCGCCCUGGCACUAAUUCCGAGUGUUCGAUUCGAUUCUGUGCUUCCUGAUGACCUGAUGACGUCAUCACUUACAAUUUGCUACAUUCCGGACAGUGUAAAGGAUGAAUUAAAGAAAUUUCGAUUCUUGAAAUCCAGCGCGAUGAACGCGUUAAUCAUGAAAAUCGACAGAGAAUCGCAUCAACUCGAAACGGAGCAAACGCUCAAUGAUUGCUCAAUUGAGGAGUUCAAAGAGGAGCUGCCCUCGCAACAGCCACGUUUCGUUCUGCUCAGUUGGAGUAAGAAGCAUGAGGAUGAGAGGGUAUCGUACCCGAUGCUUCUGAUUUAUUAUUGUCCGAAUGGAAGCAGUCCGGAACUCCAGAUGCUCUACGCAGGUAGCCGCAACUCGAUAGUAAACGAGUGCGGCGUGUCGAAGAACAUCGAAGUGCGCGACAUCGACGAAAUCGACGACGAUCUUCUCGACUCGAAAUUCUGA